CUCUUGCUUGUACUUACCCAAAAGUGCACUUUCCUGCGCUGUUGCAAGCAAUUCACACAUCUGUCGCGCUUCCACGCCGAGGGCUAGGAAGGUGCCUCUGCUUUAAUCAUUCUUCCCUUGUGAACAUAACCAACUCACAACUCACUCCAAUUGUCUGUUCCGGUCAUUCUGUUUCCGCUUUUGUCCCAUCAUGGGCCUGCUCGCGGUCGUUCUCGACAGCCUCUGCGAGCGCUGCUCGAACACGUCAAUUCUAGUACUCCUGGGGAUCGGACUGUCAUCCCUGCUGGCUGUCUCCAUCAUUCUCAAUGUCCUAAGACAGUUGUUAUUCAAGAACCCCAAUGAGCCCCCUCUGGUGUUUCACUGGUUUCCAUUCAUAGGUAGCACAAUUAGCUAUGGCAUGGAUCCUUAUAAAUUCUUCUUCGACUGUCGCGCAAAGUACGGCGAUAUCUUCACCUUCAUUCUCCUCGGCAAAAAGACAACAGUUUAUCUGGGAACCAGGGGCAAUGAUUUCAUUUUAAACGGAAAGCUACGUGAUGUCUGUGCUGAAGAAGUCUACUCCCCACUUACAACCCCUGUCUUUGGGCGUAACGUGGUGUAUGAUUGUCCCAAUGCCAAACUUAUGGAGCAGAAGAAGUUUGUCAAAUUCGGUCUCACAUCAGAUGCCCUGCGUUCGUACGUUCGUUUGAUCACCAACGAGGUAGAUGACUUUGUCGAGCAUUCUGCGGCUUUCCAGGGAUCAAGUGGCGUUUUUGACGUCUGCAAAACCAUCGCAGAGAUUACCAUCUACACUGCGUCACGUUCUCUUCAAGGAAAGGAAGUCCGGAGUCGGUUCGAUUCUACUUUCGCCGAAUUAUACCAUGAUCUUGACAUGGGGUUUGCUCCUAUCAACUUCAUGCUCCCUUGGGCACCCCUUCCUCACAACCGGAAACGUGAUGCUGCACAGAAAAGGAUGACCGAAACUUAUAUGGAGAUUGUCAAAGAACGCCGUACGGGUGGAAACAAGAAGGAUUCUGAGGAUAUGGUCUGGAACCUCAUGUCCUGCGUUUACAAAGAUGGCACUCCUGUUCCAGACGAGGAAAUCGCACACAUGAUGAUUGCCUUGCUUAUGGCUGGCCAGCAUUCUUCUUCAUCGACAGCUUCAUGGAUAGUCUUGCACCUUGCAAGAAAUCCAGAAAUCAUGGAAGAGUUAUAUGCCGAACAGAUCCGUGUGCUCGGGUCAGAUCUUCCACCUCUUACUUAUGAAAAUUUGCAGAAGCUUGACUUGCACGCUAAGGUCAUCAAAGAGACACUACGAAUUCACGCGCCGAUCCAUUCAAUCAUCCGCGCAGUCAAAAACCCAAUGCCUGUGGAUGGCACGCCAUAUGUCAUUCCAACCAGUCACAAUGUCCUUUCAUCGCCUGGUGUUACCGCAAGAUCAGAGGAAUAUUUCCCUAACCCUCUCAAAUGGGAUCCUCACCGCUGGGAUGAGACUAUUGCAGCCAAUGCGGAAGAAGAAGAUCAAAUUGAUUAUGGAUAUGGUCUUGUCAGCAAAGGCACUAAUAGCCCCUACCUUCCAUUCGGUGCAGGACGUCACAGAUGCAUUGGUGAACAAUUCGCCUACGUGCAGCUUGGUGCAAUUACCGCGGCUUUGGUGAGGUUAUUCAAAUUCCGCAACCUGCCAAACGUCAAGGAUAUCCCGGAAACAGACUACUCGUCUCUCUUUUCCAAGCCUGCUGGCAAGUCUAUCAUUCAAUUUGAGAAGCGCGCUACCGCCGUUAAAUCAUAACGACCUGCCUCUGUUACUGCAUAGAACCGCCUUUUGUGAUUGUUCUCAAACCUCUUAUGUAAUAUGAUGGAAAUGACUGGAUAACAGUCUUUCAUGGAAUUGUUCUUAUGUUUCUCCCUUGGGGCUUUAAUGACCGGUUUCCUCUCAUGUAAUGGCUGCUUGUACAGUACUUCAAUCCAAUGUCUUGAUCUAGGGUUGACAAUGAGUGAGAUUGUAUUCUGGGUACGCGGUUUGCUCGCAUUUGAAGAAGCCUUAAUGUAUCUAUAGCCAAUCUAACUGUCCCAUACAGGCGUUAUAUGGGACAGCCAUCCUACCACAAAUAUAAUACUUUUCCUGAACGCGAUGGAAAACAGUGUCAACAACCG